AUGGGGACCGCUAUACUCAAUACUCACACUAUCUCCUUUGACAAAAACCCCUCCAACACUUUUACCGGAUCAAUUCAAUCCAGGCUGUACACACAGGAUCGUCGGAAGACAUGCAGCAGCUGCAAAUGCCCGCGGGAGUCGCACGACGUCUACCACGAGGAGUGGGUGAAUGUGAGGGAGCGACUGGGCCUGGGCAGCCAGGGGGACCAGGAGAGGAGGGGUGCUGGGAGGGGCUACGCCUGGGUGCCCCCAGGCCUCAACCAAUACAAGGUGGAGCAGUAUUUCAGGUGCCUUCCGUCUGAUAAAGUACCUCGUCUAGGAACUCCAGGUGAGAAAUAUAGAGAAAAACAAUUAAUGAUGCAAUUGCCGAAGCAAGAUCUUGCUCUUGCAUAUUGCCGACAUGUGGAAACUGGACAAGCUUCAAGUUUUGAAGACUUCAUUACUGCUAGGAAUGAAAUAGCUUUGGACAUAGCUUAUGCUAAGGAAUGUAUGAAUAGAGUGACGUGUCCACAUUGUGAGAAAAUGGUGCUGCCAGGGGACGUUGGUAUCCUGGCACCCAAGUUCGGAGAUAAGGCUAUGUGGCACCCAGCCUGCUUCGUCUGCUCGGCCUGCCAGAACCUCCUCGUCGACCUCACUUACUGCUUCUACGAUGAUGUCCUCUAUUGCGAGCGUCACUACGCCGAGCAGUUGAAGCCAAGGUGUUCUGCCUGUGACGAGCAAAAUGAUUUAAUAACUGAAAAAUGUGGUAAUCUGAUGGGGCUAAAGCUGGUGAAUAAAUAUGGUGAAGGACGGGAGGAGUUCUCAGCCAAGAUUUUAAGAUUUUUUGUUUGGUCAUUGGCCCUUAGGGUCUGGCACUGGCAGUGUCAUAGUCAAAAAGACUUGACUGUUAACCUCAGGCAGGAUCACUACAGGAGGAUCACACAGUUUAUUUAA